GCUGUUAAUGUUCCACUUCUUUCAUUUUCUGUUUGUCAUUUUAAAUAUUAUUUUAUUUGAUUUUUUGUUUGUGAUCAUUUCUUUUAUGCUGCUUUUUGAAACCAUUCACGCUUUUUCUUUCUUGUUGAACUCUAAUUUUUUUUAAUAAUUUAUUUUCAUUUGUAUUCUCUUGUACGCUUCGAAAUUAUUUUUGACUAAAUGCUAAAUUUGUUUGUUUUAUUAUAAUUUAGAAAGUUUCAGAAACUAGAAACCAACAAUAUGUUUUCUUAAUGAACACCGCCGUAUACUAAAACAGAAAAUUUUGGUUACCUUUCGUUUUCAUUUGUGUUUUUAUGAGUCAAGAUUUCUCGAAAUGUUGUUUGUUUUGGAACUAUUUGAAUCUGUAUAAAAAUAUGGGGACAACUUCUCUACCCAUCACAAAAAGAUGGGUAGUGUACCUUCCACCAAUCAGAUGAUACAAUUUGUUUUGCUCGGUUAAACGAGAGGUUUCCACUCUUCAACACGUGUUUCUAGUCAUUGUAUAAAUUUGACUUUAGUUUGCUUCAAUGAGAAGAAACCUGGAAGUUGGUGGUGUGGUAAUGAUGCUGUUUUUAUGUAAGGAAAGAGAAUUGAAAUUGGACUCUUAAUUUGAAAUUUUAUAUAUCAGUUUUGUUUUUUUUCUCUGUAACUGUUACUCUGUUUCGGGUUAUUUAGAACUUUGGGGUUGGGGGAGUUUUCAUAGAAGUGAUAGAGACCGAACAUGGAAUGCCCCAAGGUGGUUUGGUGAUGGUCAAGGUUUCAAAUAACCGUCGCAAUCGCGUAAAAACAUGCGUGAUUUCGAUCCGUACAAAUGCUGUGAUAAUUAUUGAUAUGGGAAACUUUCCUUGUUACAUUGGUAGUGUAUACAGCUUGGGUAUCUCCAUUUGAAUUUGGAUUCCUUAAGAAACCACAAGAACCUCUUUCUAUUUCAGACAAUAUUGUCAAUGGAUUCUUUGCUAUAGACAUGGUUCUCACCUUCUUUGUAGCUUUCAUAGACAAAACUACCUAUUUGUUCGUCGAUAACCCGAAAAAGAUUGCUUGGAGAUACACAAGAACUUGGUUUGUAUUGGAUCUUAUAUCGAUCAUUCCUUCCGAACUUGUCGCGAGUCUUUCCCCUGCUCCUAUCCAAACUUAUGGCCUAUUCAAUAUGCUUAGGCUUUGGCGACUUCGAAGAGUUAGUUCUUUAUUUUCUCGGCUUGAGAAGGACAGAAACUUCAACUAUUUUUGGGUUCGAUGCGCAAAGCUCAUUUGUGUUACUCUUUUUGCGGUGCAUUGUGCUGGAUGCUUUUAUUAUCUUCUUGCUGCGCGUUAUCAUGAUCCUAAGAAGACGUGGAUUGGCGAAACAAUGGAAGAUUUCCUUCAUCAGAGUUUGUGGACAAGAUACGUGACGACUAUUUACUGGUCGAUCACGACUUUGACAACAGUUGGAUACGGAGAUUUGCACCCGGUGAAUGAAAGGGAAAUGAUUUUCGUCAUCUUUUACAUGCUCUUUAAUCUAGGAUUAACCGCGUAUCUGAUUGGUAACAUGACUAACUUAGUCGUCCAUGGCACAAGUCGAACUAGAAAAUUCAGGGAUACGAUACAAGCCGCGUCAAGUUUUUCGCAGAGGAACCAAUUGCCGCCUCGCUUACAAGAUCAAAUGCUUGCUCAUUUGUGUUUGAAGUUUAGAACAGACUCCGAGGGGUUGCAGCAACAAGAGACGCUCGAUUCUCUUCCGAAAGCUAUCAGAUCAAGCAUUUCGCAUUAUCUUUUUUAUAAUUUGAUGGAUAAGGUCUAUUUAUUCAAAGGAGUUUCAAAUGACUUGCUCUUCCAAUUGGUAUCUGAAAUGAAGCCGGAGUAUUUUCCACCGAAAGAAGAUGUCAUAUUACAAAACGAAGCUCCAACCGAUUUUUACAUUCUAGUCACCGGAGCUGUGGACUUAUUAGUUCUCAAAGGCGGGGUUGAACAUGUUGUCGGGGAGGCAAAAACCGGAGAACUUUGUGGCGAAAUCGGUGUACUUUGCUAUAAGCCGCAACAUUUUACCGUUCGAACUAAGCGAUUAAGUCAACUGUUGAGGCUAAACCGUACCACCUUCAUGAAUAUCGUUCAAGCUAAUGUUGGCGACGGAACCAUAAUCAUGAACAAUCUUCUUCAGCAUUUGAAAGAGCUUAACGAUCCGAUCAUGGAGGGAGUUUUAGUAGAGACGGAAAACAUGUUAGCUCGCGGUAGAAUGGACUUACCGGUGAGUCUAUGCUUUGCAGCAUCAAGAGGAGAUGAUUUGUUGUUACAUCAACUGCUAAAACGAGGUUUGGAUCCAAAUGAAUCUGACAACAAUGGAAGGACAACAUUGCAUAUAGCAGCAUGUAAAGGAAAAGAAAACUGUGUUUUGCUUCUGUUAGAUUAUGGGGCAAAUCCCAACAUUAGAGAUUCAGAUGGAAAUGUAGCAUUGUGGGAGGCUAUACUUGGUGGACAUGAAACAGUAACAAAACUUUUGGUACAAAAUGGUGCUACCUUGCAAAGUGGUGAUGUUGGUCAAUAUGCAUGCACUGCUGCUGAACAAAACAAUCUAAAUUUAUUACAAGACAUUAUGCGUUAUGGCGGAGACAUCUCACUUCCAUGUACCAACGUUGGAACCACGGCUUUACAUGUCGCGGUGUCCGAAGAUAACGUAGAAAUUGUCAAAUUCCUCUUAGAAAAUGGUGCUAACAUUGAUAAACCAGACAGAUAUGGUUGGACUCCAAGAGAUUUAGCUGAUCAACAAGGUCAUGUAGAAAUCAAAGCCAUUUUUGAAGCCAAAGGAGAACAACCUAAGACUCAAUCUUUUGUUUCUAUGUCUAUUCCUGAGAAGCAGGGUAGUGCUAAUGUGAAGUACCUUGGUAGAUUUACAAGUGAGCCAAUAAUACCUAUGCCUCAAGAUGGAUCAUUUCAAGGAAAUGACGGUUCGUGGAUUCCGAUUCCGAAUCGUCCGAGGCGUAGGACUAACAAUUUUCACAACUCGCUAUUCGGGAUAAUGUCGGCGGCAACAAAAGGAGAAAAUGAUCAGGUUUUCACUGUUAACAUGAAUAACAAUGGAAGGAGUGGUGUGAAGAGUAUUAUGCGUCCAACGAGAAUUACAAUUAGUUGUCCGGAAAAAGGUGAGAAUGCUGGAAAGCUUAUAUUGUUACCUGAAAGUUUUAAAGAGUUACUUGAGAUUGGAGGUAAGAAAUUUGGUAUAGUUGUUAGUAAGGUUGUUUGCAAAGAUGGAGCUGAAAUUGAUGAUAUUGAGGUUAUUAGAGAUGGUGACCAUCUUGUUUUUGUUGGGGAUGAUGGAGUGCUAGAUUCCAAUUGUGUAACACAAUGUAAUGGUGUCAUUCCCUAGGAUGGAUUAAUUGUCCUUUUAUUAUAGUUAUUAUCAUACUAAUAGAAAUUUGUGACUAUUUUAUAGAAA